AUGAUUUCUAACAUUAUUAAGGCGAGUGAAGAAAAUAUCAAAGGCUCUGAUGCAAAAUUAAUAGUCAAUGCACCUGAUAUCAUCCCGGAUGAUGCUGAAGUUUUUAAACAAAUUCCUAUCC